GGGCGUGGUCGUUAUCACAACAAUAACAACGGGCUCUUAUUUUGAAGUCAGCAGAGUUCUUCCCGGAAGUGCGGACCGGAAGGACGCGGACCAACCGCCUCUUUGUGACGCGUUAACGUCUGAACGGGUCUGAUCGGCUCCGGUACCGACACCAGCAGCCUGUUGGAGCUCCGUAGCAGCCCCCGUUAGGAGCGGGUAUCGGUCCGGUCCCCCCCCCCCCCUCCCUCUCUUUGAGCCUCGCGAUGUCCGUUUUAACCGGUAAAGCUCUGCACGAGCAGCUGUCCGUCAUCAUGGGCGCGCUCACCGCCGCGGCGGUGGCGGAGAUCGUCGGGCUGGUGGACGAAGGGUUCGCGGUGCUGCGGACGGAGAUCAACCGGAGCCACCAGGAGAACGACGACCUGAGGAAGAAGCUGCACCUCAUCGAGUCCAUAGUGGUCCGGGGCGGCGGCGGUACCGGCGGCGGUACCGGCGGCGGUACCGGGGGAAGGAGGCGGCGGUAGAGCCGGAGGUCACAGCGGCCGCGGAGGGCUCACAGCAGCCGGAAACAGUGCAGCAGCAGCGGGACAGUGACGGAGGAAGCUCCGCUGCUGCUCCCGGAGGAGACGGAGGAUCUGCGGUGGUCCUGCGGGAGGAGCUUCCAGACGUGGUGUUGAUCAAAGACGAAGACUCGGACAGUAACGACAGCUUCGAGGAAGAUAACAAAGUGUCGUCUGACGGAGGGUCGGCCGCCGCCACUCGAGAGCCUCCGGUCGGCCGCGGGGCGAAGAGACGCUGGCGUGGGAGCGAGGCCGCCGACAGGAAGUCUACAUCCAAAGUGUCCGUCUACACUCUGGACUCUCCUCGCAGCGAGCCGGGCUGCUCCGGUCAGCUCGGCGGCGUCGGUGGCGACGAGAUGGAGGCCGGCGAGUCCGUUUGCUCGUACUCCUCGCAGCUGAACCCGGACGUCCAGCUGGUCCACCAGGAGUGCUCGCUCCUCCCGGGCGCCAACAGACAAACGUAUUUCGCUAACGGCGCUCUGAUGGAGUCUCCGACCAACCGAGCGGAGCUAGAUCUCAGCCUGACGUGGACCAAACCCUCCAAACACCACGUGGCGUUCGCUCCGUUUCACCAGAACGACCACGCGGACGGCGACGCCUUCGGGAUCAAACUGGUCAGCGUCUCGGGUUCGACCUCCACGGACUGCCAGCUGUCCGAAAGCAGCAACUCGGCGCUCGAGUACGACGACGCCGACGCGAUGAACUUCGCCCUCUACAGGGAGCAGACGGGGCUGUCGCAGGUGGGCGCCGGCGCCCGAGGGAAGCGCUUCAUGUGCUCCGUCUGUAACAGGACGUACGCCACGUCCCAGAACCUGGACGUUCACAUGCGGAUCCACACGGGCGAGAGACCGUUCAGCUGCAGCCAGUGCGGCAAGAAGUUCACGCAGUCGGCGCACCUGAAGUCGCACCUGAUCGUCCACUCCGGCGAGCGGCCGUACGCCUGCACGCUCUGCUCCCGGAGCUUCAUCGUCAAAUACAGCCUCAAGCUACACAUGAAGAAGUGUCACCUCAACGUGUGAGCGAGAGGAGAGGAAACCGACACCGGUAUCGCACGUAGACCACGCCUAUGUAAGGGUUACUGCCUGUUCCUGCAGGGGGCGCCGUGUCUGUGACUGGAUAUCGGUCUGUAGUUGUGUUCGGAGCGAGAGUUUGGAGCCGAGUGGACGGCGUACAGCGAGGUGACGGCGACCCGACGUAACCUGGCUCCCUGCGGCUCUUCACCGUUAUAUUUAUGAUUUAACACAAACAUAUUAAAACCUAAUAAACUCUUAAACACUAGUGAAACUGUAACGUCAACCGGGAGUGAAAACCGCCUCGUUAUCUCCAUCGACGACUUCUAUAACCGGCUGAUUAAUGACCUGAAGGUGUCGAUGAAGUUCAGAGUUCACCGAGUUCAGGUGCUGUGCUUAGUGUCUCUCUGUUGGCUGGUCCAACGUGUCCUUACUCACCGGGACUCAAACGUUAGUCUCUGUCGUCGGUACCGAACUCUAAAUGUGUGAAGGUUUAACUUCUGAAUGUUUCUGUAAAUAUCCAUGUUUUUAAAUUAAAAGUAACUUUAAAGUACAGAAGUAAUCAGUUUCCAAAGGCGCAGACGGUUUUAAAGGAUGCUUUUUAAAGAGUUUUAUUUUAUUUUAUAUAUAUAUAAGAUUGGAUAUUUCUAUAUAGUGAUUAUUAACGUGGGUCGGAUUCCCCUUGAAAUCAAUGGGCCGAGGCCGCAGAGACACUACCAGUUUCCUCCACAGGGGGCGCCAGAGUCAACACACUCCUUGUAUCUGCUUUAAUAUUAUAAUAAUCUGAUUGAUUUUUGGGUUUCAGCGUCUCGAUCGAACAAAAUAAACAAACUAUUCCAAAGCAUCAACUGUACAGGUACACACCUCUUCAUAACGCACACAACUGUAACAGUCUCUCUAUACUUUAUGUUUAUGUGUUAAUCUCCGUUAAUAAAACUAAUUCUGAAGCUGUU